CAAGCUUUCAUAAUUAAUAAUAAGUCUCUGUGUCAUUAUUGGGGAGCUGGCAGUCCGACAAGGACGUUCAACUACAGAACCACCACUGUAAGCAGAAAUAAACCCUUUCCUCCUAUGUUGCUUUUGGUCAGGGUGCUCAUCACAACAAAAUAAAACUAACCAGAAGACCAAUCAUCUGCUUUCCUUGUCCUCUCAGAAAAUGGCCACUCACGGGGAGGCCUCCGAGGAGCGGAUUUCCGAGAUUGAUUAUGAGUUUCUCCCUGAGCUCUCUGCUCUUCUCGGUGUGGAUGCAGUCCAGCUCGCAAAGAGUCAAGAAGAAGAAGAGCAUCAGGAACGAAUGAAAAUGAAGAAAGGUUUUAACUCGCACAUGCGCAAUGAGGCCAAGCGAUUAAAGACUUUCGUGACCUAUGACACGUUCAGAUCAUGGACGCCACAGGACAUGGCAGCCGCUGGGUUUUACUUUACCGGGGUGAAACUUGGGGUUCAGUGCUUCUGCUGCAGCUUAAUCCUCUUUGGUACCAGCCUAAGGAAAACUCCCAUAGAAAGCCACAGGAGAUUCCGCCCAGGAUGCGAGUUCCUUUUGGGCAAAGACGUCGGUAACAUCGGCAAGUAUGACAUCAGGGUGAAGAGUCCAGAGAAGCUGAGAGGUGGCAAAGCAAGGUACCAAGAAGAGGAGGCCAGACUGGAGUCCUUUGAGAACUGGCCGUUUUAUGCCCAUGGGACAUCGCCCCGUGUGCUCUCAGCAGCUGGCUUUGUCUUUACAGGUAAAAGGGACACCGUACAGUGUUUCUCCUGUGGUGGAUGCUUGGGAAACUGGGAAGAAGGAGAUGAUCCUUGGAAGGAGCAUGCCAAGUGGUUCCCCAAAUGUGAAUUUCUUCAAAGUAAGAAAUCCUCAAAGGAAAUUGCCCAGUAUAUUCAAAGCUACGAGGGAUUUGUCCAUGUAAUGGGAGAGCAUUUUGUCAAUUGCUGGGUCAGAAGAGAAUUACCUAUGGCAUCAGGUAAAACCUCAGGCACAUUCCAAAGGCUUUGCUUCUCUCUUUCUUUGUUACAAGCAACCCCCACAGCCACUUCUCCAGGUUUUGGGUCACUUUUAUUCUUUUAAGAUCUUUGCAGAUUCAUAAGAACUACUAGACUUGAAGCUUUACAAAACUUUCAAAA